AUGGCCGAACAGGAACAAUCCUCCAGCUCAACCUUUCCCAAUCCUCCAUCCUUCUGGCAGGACUUCACCCCAGAGAACCUCACCCGCAUCGAACAGCUACGCAAGUCCUUUGCAGAGGCAAACCCCACCCGCGAUGUACCAAUACGCCUCUCAGACAUACCCGACUCUCUGAUAAACCUACAGCCGCCGGCUGAGCCCAAGGACGGAAAAUGGAGGGUCUUCGGAGAGCCCCUCUCGCUAGACGAUAAGCUCCAAACCCUCGAGGAGGGCGGCAUCACCAACCUCGCACCCACGCACCCCUCCCGGCAGGGCGACAACGCCACCCCCAGCUCCCUCGACCGCAGGGACGUCCCCCGCGCCGACCACGCCCUCGAGCUCAAGCGCCUCAUCAAGUCCCUGCUCCUCAACUUCCUCGAGCUCGCGGGCACCCUCUCCAUCAACCCGGGCGACGGCCUCGCCAAGGCCGAAGACCUCAACACCCUCCUCUUCAACAUCCACCACGCCCUCAACGAGUACCGCCCCCACCAGGCCCGCGAGUCCGCCGCCGAGCUCAUGCAGGAGCACCUCGACCGCACGAGGCGCGAGACCACCGCCGUCCGGUCCCAGGUCGAGAAGGCGAGGAGGGUGCUCGAGGGGCUGGGGAGCCUGACCAUCCCCGCCGAGGCCGUGCGGGGGGCCGCGGCGGCGGCGGGCGAGGACGCUGCGCAGGUGGCGGAGGAGCUGAAGGCGCUGGAUAAGAGGCGUGAUGCUGAGCUCUGGGCCGCGACGGAUGCUGCGUUUGCGUAG